UCGGCCCCCCACGACGCCGCGCACGCCACCCAGUGAGCGCCCGUAGAGCAUGUACUCUCCUGUUGUACGAACAAUGUGUAUAAUGAUAACGGACCCGAGAUAAACGCGUGACUGCAAGCCCGAGUCGACAGCCUCGUGUCUUGGGAUGAGUUUGGCGCCGAUCGAGCUCGGCUUUUGUGCAUCUCGGAGAUGACGAGAGGGAGGCUGUACAUGUACGUCGAAAGCUUCUUGAGCGCGGACCAUUUCCUGCUGGUCCGAACUCGGGAGACUCGGGAGAAUCAGGUAUCACGUGUUCGUGUGCCCUGUCAGGUGCUCGACCACUGCAGGCCCGGGCCACCGGUCUACAUUUCACCGGUUCGCGCGCGUAACGAUGUCAUAUCUGGGGCAAGAGCCUUCCCUUGCCUUCUGCUAAACAUCGUAUUUUCGCCCUCCACCCACCCAAGCAUGUCCGACGACUUGUCUGUUCCUUCGCUUUUCAAUGUCAAGGGCAAAACUGUUCUCGUCACGGGCGGCAGCGUCGGUAUCGGCUUCAUGAUGGCCAAAGGCUUUGCGAGCAACGGCGCCAAGGUGUUCAUCGCUGCGCGUAAGGAGGGUCAGCUGAAGGAGGCUGUGAACGAGCUGAAGAAGGUGGCCAGUGCGGGAAUGGAGCCUGAAUAUAUCGUCGCGAACGUCGCGUCGAAAGCAGGGUGUGAUGCACUCAUCGCCGCUUUCAAAGCGCGCUCCUCGAAUCUGCACGUCCUCAUCAAUAACUCGGGGAUCACCUGGGGCGGGCCCUACGAGAACUUUCCCGAAGAGAAGGGGUGGGACAAUAUAUUCAACGUCAACGUCAAGAGCAUCUUCUACAUGACAUCCGGUCUAACGGACUGCCUGACGAAAGACGCGACCUCGACCGAUCCGGGACGCGUCAUCAACAUCUCGUCCGUUGCGUCGCUGGACCCCCACAGCGAGGGUGAACUGAGCGAUGCUGGGAACGGGACGUGGAGCUGUAAGUCUUGUGGCGGAGUGAAGGUUUGUAUGUGGCGUACUAACUGCUCGGAUUCAAAGACCAGCCCAGUAAAGCUGCAGGUAAUGGCACUUGCAGAUCCUGUCCCGCGUCCUAACUAUCCCGGCCCAGUCAACCACCUGACAUCCGUGCUCGCAGUCAAAUUGGCGUCUCAGCUAGUAACAGUGAACGCCAUUUUGCCGGGUGUGUACCCCAGCAAGAUGACCGCAUUCGGGUUCCGCACGUCGGGCGACAAACUCGUUGCUGGGCAGCCCAUGGGUCGGGUUGGUGCACCAUCUGAUAUUGCUGGCCUGGCGGUGUUCCUGGCUUCGCCGGCUGCAGCACACAUCACUGGCCAGCACAUCGUCACGGACGGUGGAUCGAGGCUGCAGCCGAGAGCAAAGGGCCCUUCUGCGAAACUCUAGGCUUACGAGCAUUCGAUAACAUAGGAUCAAUCCAGUUUGUUAUCUUGUCUCUGCGCGGGGUUACCCGCAGUUUCACACUGAUCUCACGUUUCGCUUCUUGAUCAUCCGAAUCUGCGGCUCAGUCUCACCGCAAUCGUCAAGGAAGUCAGUCAUAGUGCGCUCGGCGUACGAAAGGGCAAUCGGAAACCGGACAUCAUCUUAGCAUGACCGGGCUCAACAGUUUCGGGGUCAAAGGGUGAGACGACUCGGUAGGAUGCGAUAGGAUUGGCUGCUUCACCGGCGCAUCGAGACGAAGGGACAACCUAGCCCAUUCUCUUCAUUGCAUGUUUCAAAAGCAGGAACAAGGGAUUGCUUUCCACGCCGGAUGCAAUGAUCUUUUCGAAUUCUCCCAAUCGGAUUUAUCCCAGUCGUCGACCAGUGCCAUCGCUUGGUCGACAAGAUCGGGGGCUGGAGUAUUUGCCGUCGAACAUCUGCUGGGUGUGGUUGCAUCUCUUGUGAGAAAAGUGAGAGCACACACUCUCUGCACUUUUCUUACUCACUCUGAAAGUAGUCGGUAGGUAAUCUGCAAAGCCGUCGUUUGCUGGAUACGAGGCGUCCACGCAUUCGUAGUCCUCUGGGGCUAUUAAGUCUCCCCCUGCUCGACCCUCGUUUCGAUCCUAUUUUCAAGGCGUAGAUGCUGUGUGCUUGAGAUGAAGGCGUAGCCGGAGACCGCCGCCGUCGGCUCGACAGGUAGAAUCUCGAUCUUCGCCGGCGCGGGCUUCUGGACAGUUAAAACCACCGUCUUCUGGCGUCCCAUCUGUCAGAACUUCCUCUGCGUUCCCAGCAGAAGCGUUGCUAGGGUUCUCAGUCGCUCAUGUCUCUUACGUCUCACAGUUCGUUGGGUGGGCGACCAUGCCUUCCGCGCCGCGUCGGUCCAAUCAGCUCCAAAUACUCAGGUCAACCGCCCAUAUCCACACUCUGGGAAGCAGACACACCGACGACGAGGCGUCGCGGUCGGUGGAUCGGGUGACCUCUGGAUGCACCGAUCCAGCCCGCCAGGAACUCGUGCAUCAACUGCUAGUUCAUCACUUCUGUCCAUCGCAUGUGGACCAGCGAGCGACAGGACAUCCUGCCGACGAACCAGUCGUUUUUAGUUCGCGCGGAAUCCAGUCGAUUUUGCUGGGAUCCAGGAACGAGGUGUUGGCUCCGAACAAUGGGUCGGUGGAGUACUUAACUAGUGUUUUUGAAUUCGGCAUAGUGUCUGAGUGCUUGGCUAAACGAUGAUUCGGAUACUUGGACUUUGACAUCCUGGACCGAAAAUCAAUCAGCGGUCAACAAAAGACAGCACCUGUGAUUUAAACGGCAUGGACGGCCCAGCCUGUAAGCUUUCAGCGAGCAGGCACGAUCACGUGAUCCAGUGGCGCGUAUGUUUGAUUCGUUGAGACGCACGUAGGAUUG